AUGUACAUUGAGUCCUCUGGAGGUUACACCAAAAAAUGGGGUGGUCGUAGUCAUACAGCUACGCCUUACGGUCCAGAUGGUACAAUGACAGGAACUCAUUGGUCUGGUGCCUCAUUAAAAACUAAAACUCGCAAAACUCUUGUAAAUCAACCACAAUCCGUACCACAAUUAUCACCAAUGGCAUAUUUAUCCCCAAAACAACAACCAGAUUUUCGUUCAUUGAAUGGUUCAUUACCAUUGACUAAUAAUCAGUAUCCAUUUCUAAAACGUGACUCAUCGUUUUUUUGUAGCAGUAGUCCAGUACCAAAUACCCCAGUUACAGGAUGUGAAUGUGUUGAUAAUAUACGAGAGAAAUCAAUUCCAGAAAUUCAAACUGCUCCAACAUCCCCUGAUCUACUCUAUGCACCUCAUUUGUUUACUAAAAAUAUUUUAAACAAUAAUAAUAACACUACUGUUAAUAUUACUACUUCUUCUGGUACAACUUUUCCUAAUAAUAAUAGUAAUGAGAUAUAUUAUUCGAAUGGAUCAAAAGAAUCAAGAAGUUUAUCAAAUGAUAUAGCAUUUCGAAUAAAAGAGAAGUUCGAUCAACGUGUAUCAAGGCAUUUAUCUAAAUCUAAUCGGAAAACAAAGUCGAACAUAUAUACUUAUACAUCACAAUAUCAUUUACUUGCAGUAUUUUUAGUCAAUAAAGGUCAUGUAGAAGCGUGGUAUGCAUAUGCACCAAUGCCAAAUCAUUACAGUAAUAAUCAACAAAAUGAAUUAGGACAUACUCGUUUAUUAGAAUUAACACAACGUCGAUUACGUUUACUUCAACGUUAUUAUUCUGAUUCUAGACAGUAUGUUGUACUCUAUGUGAAUAAUAAUAAUUCUGAACAUUAUUUACCAAUGGGAUUAGUUAAUGAUGUGAAUAGUAAACCGAGUAAAAAUAAAAAUCCUAUCUUAUCAAUAAAUAGAGAGUUAUUUGAAAGGGAUCGAUCAAUUUAUAGAUUUAUCAAUUCAUUAUUACCGAAUAAUAUGAAAUUUGUCAAUACUACUGGUAAUAAUAACAGUAGUGAUAAACAGAUAUUUGUAAAUAAAAAAGUUAAUAAUACUAAAUCUAUAAAUGAUGAGAAAUUAACAAAUAAAAUAGAUGAACAUCAGCAUCAAUUGAGUCGACGACAUCAACAACAACAACAAACGAUUAAUAAUCAAACUGAAGAGAAACAGUUAAGUGAAACAGAACAACUAGUCAAAACGACAAAUUCAAUAAAUCAUCGACCGAAUUUUUGGAGAAGGUUACUUGAACAUUUGAUAUCACAUCAUCAUUCCACUGAUAGUAGUACUAUUAGUAGUAAUAAAAAUAGUUAUGAAGAUAAUAAUAAUAAUAAUAAUAACAGUACAAACAUUGAUAAGGAAAAUUGUUCUGACAAUACCAAUGAAAAUGUUGAUUUCAAGUGUUAUGAAAAGUGUUUACAUUUGAACAGUUGUCUAGUUAAACAGUUUAUUACUUGUCCUGUGAAAGUAGAUAAAUCUGUAACAUCAUCGUCGACUACAAUACCCAUGAAUGUUACUAAGAAUAUAUGUAGAAAUUAUUUUAAUAUUGGUCAAUGUAGCAAUCAUGAUAAUAAUAAUAAUUGUCGAAGUAUGAAAAAGGAAGAUUGUUUCACUUCAUUUAAAACGAACAUAACAAAUGAUGAUUUAUCAAGUAUGCACCAAAUCUGUGCUCAUGACAAGUUAUCUGAUGUUAAUAAAUAUUAUGCUGAUAAUCAACAAAAUAUGAAUGAUAAAGAAAAUGAUCAAGAAAAAUAUGAAAUUAAAUCAAUCAAAAAAUUAUCAGAUUGUGAUGAAAUUUGGUUGCCUAAAUUUUGUGAUUUAUAA